AUGCGGUACUCUCUCCUGUCUCUUGGCGUCUGCGCCACACCCACGCUUUCUCUGGCGUUCUCGAACGCCACCUGCAAGUGCAAGUGUUUCCCCGGGGAGAGCUGCUGGCCGUCCACCGAGAGUUGGAGCUCCCUAAACGCGACGGUCGGAGGAAGACUCAUUGAGACUGUUCCUCUGGCUCAGAACUGCCACGACCCUCAGUUCGACAAUGCCACCUGCUCAGCGCUUCAGAGCGAAUGGCAGUCUCCAUCGGUGCACAUGUCUGACCCGUCGUCGGUGAUGGCCCCCUUCUUUGCCAAUCAGAGUUGUGAUCCAUUCACUGCCGAGGACAAACCUUGUGGCUUUGGCAACUACGUCCGUUACGCAGUCAAUGUCUCAAACGCAGAUGAUGUAGUUGCUACCGUCGCGUUUGCGAAGGAGAACAACAUCCGUUUCGUGAUCCGAAACACGGGACAUGAUUAUAUCGGCCGUUCAACUGGAGCUGGUUCACUGUCAGUGUGGACUCACUACCUCAAGGAUAUCGAGUUUCUUGAUUGGAGCGAUGCCACCUACACCGGACAAGCCGUCAAGGUCGGUGCAGGCGUGCAGGGCUACGAGAUCCUCGCCGCCACCAAAGCCCGCGGCCUUGUCGUGGUCGGUGGCGAGUGCCCAACUGUCGGACUUGCUGGUGGUUAUACCCAGGGCGGUGGACACUCUGCCCUGAGCACAAACUAUGGCUUGUCUGCAGACAAUGUCCUGGAGUGGGAGGCUGUCACUGCUGAUGGCCAGAUUGUCAAAGCUUCUCCGUCAGAGAACCCCGACCUCUACUGGGCUCUCAGCGGUGGCGGCGCGGGCAACUAUGCCGUCGUGACUUCAAUGACAGUCAAGGUCUUCCCAGACUCGUAUGUUGGAGGAGGUACUCUCGCCUUCUAUGUGGCUGAUACGACGGAGGACGCAUUCUACCAGGGUAUCGACGCCUUCCACGCCGCGCUGCCCGCUAUGGUGGACGCUGGGUCCAUGGUUGUUUACUACUUCACAUCCACUUUCUUCCAGAUUGCGCCACUCACAGCCUACAACAAGACGGCCGCUGAGGUCGAGGCUAUCCUGGCUCCCUUCGUCCAGAAGCUCGAUGAGCUGAACAUCACGCACACGGCCGCAUACAACCAAUCCAGCUCAUAUUACGACCACUACGAUAAAUAUUUCGGACCGCUCCCCGUCGGUAAUAUUCAGGUCGGCAUCGCCCAGUACGGUGGAAGGCUCAUCCCUCGCUCGGUCGUGGAGGGCGACGCCACCGCCCUCAACCAAGCCGCCCGCACCAUCGCAGAGCAGGGCGUCACCUGGAUCGGUGUUGGAACAGACGUCAGCAAGUUCGCCACCGACGAGCAGAACGCCGUGCUGCCCGCCUGGCGGAGCGCUCUCGUGCACGCCACGUUGACGACCGUCUGGUCCUUCGACCCGGCAGACUGGGACCAGAUGCUCGCGAACCAGCAGCUCAUGACCGACACCGUCAUUCCUGUCAUCGAGGCUGCGACACCUGGCUCUGGUGCGUACCUCAACGAGGGAGACUUCCAGCAGCGAAACUUCCAGGACGUGUUCUUCGGGUCAAAGUACGAGACUCUCUUGGGUAUCAAGAGGAAGUACGACCCGAGCGGACUCUUGUACUCGACCAAGGCAGUUGGUUCUGAGGCGUGGAAGGUUGUCGAGAACGGACAAUUAUGCCGAGCCUGA